AUGGUUUCUGGCUCUGAUAUUUCGAGGGUGUUCAAUCCCACAUCGGAUACUUCAGGUGCUUUAAAUUGGAUUUCAAGAGGUGGGUUGGUAAAUAUUGACAAGGGAGAACCUUUGAGGUCACCUUCAAUUAUAGGGCAGAAAAAUAUUUGUGAGCCCAAAGCUUUAGCGGCUUUGAAGAGACAUAGUGAAGCAGAAAAGAGGAGAAGGAAGAGAAUUAAUGGCCAUCUUGCAACACUCCGUGGACUUGUCCCUUCCACUGAAGAGAUGGAUAAAGCAACAUUACUGGGAGAAGUUAUUAGUCAAAUAAAGGAAUUGAAGAAGAAUGCAGCUGAAGCAAGCAAAGGUUUUCUAAUCCCAAUGGACACUGAUGAAGUGAAAGUAGAACCAUGUGAUGAUGAUGAAGAAGGAGGAUAUGGAUCAAUGUCUUAUAAGGCAUCUGUUUGUUGUGAUUAUCGACCUGAGCUACUAUCUGAGCUAAGAAAAACACUUGAUGCACUUCAACUACAAUUGGCACUGAGUUCGGUACUUGAUAAGGCUUCUAACUCACUCGAGUACUCCCUAAGAACUUCAGAUCCAACCAAACGGUGA